GACCACUUUUCUAGGCCUGCUUUCCUCCUCCUCCUCCUCCUCCUCCUCCUCCGGCCGGCGUGGCCACUCCUCUUCCUCCACGGAGCCGGUAGUCGGAGGCAGCUGGUCGUCGCUCGCUCGCUCGCUCGCUCGCUCGGAGACUGGCGCUUGGUCCGCCGCCCUCGCGGCUGCCAUGGCGGUGGAGGCGAGGCCCGGGCCUCCCGGACAGGCCUCGCCAUGAAACUCCGGCCCGCUAUGAGAGGAAUCAUCACACCCCAAGCCAAAUCUUGGAAGCCGGUCACCACCCAUUCCGUACCAUGCAGUCCAACUCCAUCAUUCGGCACAGCGGACUCAACAACGGCCAUAAUCACAGCCCCACCUGCCAGGGCGCUCACGCCACGAGGUCUCCAGGAGAGGAAUCCUGCCCGCACGGAGGGGACAUUCACAUUCAAAUGACCUCGGCGGUCGGGGAGUCAGAGGCCAAUGCUGGCUCCCGGCAACAUUUGCGGUUGGGGACUCAGAGUCGGCCGCAUGGCCAAACACCCGGCGAAACCAGGAGCGGUCACUCCGGUGGUUCAGCCACGGAGGAACAAAGAGACAGCUCGCUCUCGGAAUUUAAAUACCUCCUCCAGUGGCUGCACAAGAGCCUCCCGUACAUCUUGAUUUUGUCCCUCAAAAUUCUCGUGCAACAUAUCAUCGGCAUUUCUCUGGGAAUUGGGCUGCUCACAACUUUUAUGUAUGCAAACAAAGCCAUUGUAAAUCAGGUUUUCCUAAGAGAAAGGUGCUCCAGGCUACAGUGUACGUGGCUGCUACUGUUCCUGACAGGUUCAUCUCUUUUCAUCUAUUAUACCUUCUACACUCAGUCACUUCAUUACAGCUUGAUCCUCUUAAGUCCUACGGUGGAUUUUGGGAACUUCUGGGAGGUGCUCUGGAUUGUGGGAAUCACAGAUUUCGUUUUGAAGUUUGUCUUCAUGAGCUUGAAGUGCGCCGUUCUCCUUCUGCCUUGUUUUAUCAUGUCUCUUAAAUCCAAGGGUUACUGGUAUAUGCUGUUGGAAGAGCUUUGCCAGAGCUAUUGUAAAGUGGUCCCUGCCCCUGUCUGGUUUCGAUAUUUGGUUGGCUUCAGGGAAUCAGACAGCACCAUCGGGUGGAGUUUUGGCAUCUUGUUGGCUUUGCUGUAUCUUAUCCUAAAGCUUUUGAGUUUUUUUACACAACUGAAAAACUUCAGAAGGGUCUUACGGAUAUUUUUUACACGACCGAGCUACGGCGUGGUGGCCAGCAAGAGACAGCGUGCCGAAGCAGAUGAGCUUUGUGCCAUUUGUCAAGCUGAGUUUCAGAAGCCGGUUGUCCUCCUCUGCCAGCACGUAUUUUGUGACGACUGCAUCGCUCUGUGGCUGAACCGGGAGAAGACGUGUCCCCUCUGCCGAACUGUCCUUUCCACUCACGUCAACAAGUGGUACGAUGGUGCAACCUCUGCACAAUUGCAACUCUAUUAAAACAAAACUAAUAAUAAAGUGGCCGUGUGCUUCACACAGUAUGGACUCAUUUGAACGCCAGGCGUGCGCGUUGUAGAGGACAUGGCUGGAAGGAGAGAGGGCUACAGAAGGAAUAAUGCCUUCUCCUCUCCACUGACUGUAUUGGAAUUCGUUCAGAUUAUCACAGCGCGCAUCCUACUUAAUUUUUCAUAUGGAAUUAACCCCGUUCAAUGGCUGCUGCCGGGGAAUUCUCAAAUUUCUGAGUAUCAAAAGAUUAUUUUUUACAGUCACUAGUCUACCAAAUCAGCAGUGGGAUACCUUUACUGCCUCCAGUGUUAACAUCUGGUGCGUGCAAACUUUAGAUUCCGAGGUACAAAAUCCACCUUGUCAGAUUUGGCGUUCUCGGGAUGCUUCUAACCAUUGUACCUGGCGAGAAUCAUGGAAUCAUUUCUGCUUUCCAUGUCUGUAAAUCUCAAAUUUCAAUUAUGCAAACGUGGAUGAAAAUUUUCUACUUUUUCUAAGUCUGAAUUUUAAAAGAACAAAGGUUUUGGCCUCUAUUUUGUCAUAAGCAGCUAGAUUUUUACUAAAGAGAAAAAAGCUGUAUUUUAGCGAUACUUAAAAAAAAAUGUAGCCUAUGGUUGAUGAAAAUAAAUGCAGUUUGAAUUUGUCA